AUGGCAACCGAACAACCAGAGCCAGUCCAGGCUCCAGUUUCAGGAGAUAUUGAUGCCAUGGAGAUUGAAGGUGAUUCUAGAGAACAAGAAACACAAAUCACGAAAGAAACAGAGUCACAAUCCGCACCAACAAAAACAAAACCACAAGAAACAAUCAGAGUUGAAGACUUAGGGCUACCAAAUGAACCAUUCUAUCUGCGGUACUAUGCUGGUCAUCAGGGACGAUUUGGUCAUGAGUUCUUGGGUAAGAAUUUUUAUCAUUGUGGCUUCAAUCAAGUCAUGCUAUAUUAUUGA